CGAUGAAGUUAAUCCUUCUUUUUCUUGCUGUUGCUAUGAUGUAUGAGAAAACAUCUGGAGUAGAAUUCUUCAUGGAUGAUCCUCUUGAGGGUGGUUUCGUGGAGGACAUCUUUGGAGAUGACGGUUGCCACUGUCAGGAGGACAAGUGCAACUGCUGUAAAACGCUGAGUUUGCCGAGAAUUCAGUUCUCUAAAACAGCUUGUAUUUCGCUGGAGUUCAACAACACUGAACAAGCUUUCCACGUCAAGUUUAUGCUUGACCAAAAAGAAAUUUUCGACAAACAGGUUCAAGGAAAGCACCCAAGACCUCUUUGUGUAAGCGUUCCUCUUAUGAAGCAUCUGGUCAGCAUUUGCAUUGAACUGUCAGACAUCAAAAUGGAUUCCACUGGACUAAAAGGCUGCGUCAAUCUUGUUGCCACUGCCAUUCAGGAACACAAGUUCCAAAUCGGAUGCUUCAAAAUGCCGACAGCUUUUCUCAGAGAUGAUGCUGAGAUUUUAAUCUUUGAGCGAGAAAUCAAGAUCAGAAAUUUAAUGUCAUAA